AUGGGUGGAGAUUUGAACUUGAAGAAGUCAUGGCACCCAGGCUUGAUCAAGAACCAGGAGCGCGUAUGGCUGGAGGAGAAACGCGCUCUUGACGAGCGCAAACAGAUUGCGCAACUACAGCGCGAACGAGAGGAAGAGCGCCAGAUGGAGGAGAUUCAGCGCCUCCAAGAAGCCUCCGGAAAGACAAAGCAACACCGCCGGGUCGACUGGAUGUACCAGGCACCCUCGACCGAGACCGGGCAUUAUUCGGAGGAGAUGGAGGGAUACCUGCUGGGAAAGCGCCGCAUCGAUGGGGUUCUCCUGAAGAACGACCCCGACACUAAGAAACUGGGGAAGGGUUCGGAGGUGGUGGGCAAUGGUGCCGCAGCCGGCCCGUCUAUUGCCUCGGCGCGCGACACUAUGUCGAAGGUUAUGGCGGAUCCGCUACUCGAAGUGAAGAAGAGAGAACAGGCUGCUUAUGAGGCGAUGGUGAAAGAGACACUCAGACGCAAGGAAAGAGAGAAGGAACGCGGAGAUCGCGAUCGCGGAAAAGAUCGUGACCGUCGCCAUCGUACGCACGACUCAAAGCGCAGGCGCUAUAGUGAUGAUGCUGUUGAUGACCGCCGCGACCGCCGCCACCGAAGAUCUUCACCUCGACGACACCGAUCUAGAUCACCUGGUUCGCCCGAUCGAUCUUCGCGCAAAUACCGAAGUGACCGUGAUCGUGAUCGCCGCGACGACGCACACCGCUCUGAUCGGAGAAGCGACGAGCAUCGACCACGCCGAGACGAUAGGGACCGGGGUCGAGACCGUCGCGACUACGAAGAUAAGAGAGACUCCUACUCCAGCCGACACCAAGAUCGCGAAGACAGAGGUGGGCGGGACCGCUCACCAUCCCGAUCUCCUCGCCUAUCUAGCGAUCGUAAAGAAUGUCCUGCCGCAGACGAACAUCGCCGUCGUGACUUCCCGCGGCGCGAAUACAAUAAUCGACGUGACUCUGGCCGGGCCAUGGGGCCACCCUCCAACCGUACUCCGACCAACAAGCCCGAUCCCAAGGAGCUAGAAGAAGAACGUCGUCGCAAGUUGGCAGAGAUGCAAUCCAACGCCACCGAAGUCGAAUCAGAGCGACAGCGGCGAAUCGCGGAGAUCUCUGCUAAGGAGGAAGAGCAGCGGGAGGCUGACGAUCGGCAGCGUUCAGACCGGGGCCGGUUCAUGUCUGAUGUCAAUAAGCGAGUACAGGAAGAUACUCUGGAUGAACGCAUUCGGCGUAGCCGUGGUGGUCUUGCGAAGAUGGAGGAGGAUUAA